ACGGUAAAGAAAGAGAAGGGGCGGGAUUUUUCUCAUCUGCCUCAUCGUUGUUUGCUUCACACAAUAAUCUGAAAAACAUCACCAAAGAUUCCUUCCAAAGCAAAUGCGUUAAAACGUUUACGGAUAAAAGCUGGAUUUCAUAUUAAAAAAAUACAAAUAAAGGUCCAGGAGAUUGAGAGAGCAUGGAUACAGGUGAUGACCAGAACACGGGCUCUACCAAUGGGAAUGCUUCGUCUGCUGGGAACACCCGCCCUCCCCAGAUAGCCCACAUGUCUCUGUAUGAGAGGCAAGCUGUGCAGGCCCUUCAGGCGCUGCAGAGACAGCCGAACGCAGCCCAGUACUUCCAGCAGCUCAUGCUGCAGCAGCAAAUCAACAGUGCCCAGCAGCUUCACAACCUGGCUGCCGUGCAACAGGCCACACUCGCUGCUAGUCGCCAGUCCAACUCUCCCAACCACAGUGUGUCCCAAGCAACCACCACUGUCAAUCUGAGCACUGCCUCUGGGGGAGGGACCAUGACCAAUACCCGCCCCCUCGGCCCUGCCACAUCAGUGACAUCAUCAGCUCUCAGCCAAUCAGUGCUGCUGGGUGGGAACUCAGCUGGACAGGGCCAGAUGUACCUGAGAGUCAACCGCUCCCUCAGGGCACCCCUCGCAGCCUCCCAGCUCAUCUUCAUGCCUGGUGGCACAGCAACGGCUGCUGUAGCAACAGUUGCACAGCAACAGCCUCAGCAACAACAGCAGCAACAGGAAGUCCAUCCCGCCUCCAAUGCCCAAUCCGACAAUGACCAGGUGCAGAACCUGGCUCUACACUGCAUCUCCACUCCCAGAGUGGCCGCAGUGAAGACUGAAUUUCCAGACAGGAGAGACGCAGCCAACUAUUCUUUUAGUCAACAACAACAACAGCAUCCUCAGCAGCAACAGCAGCAGUUCUCUCAGAACACCCAGCAGCAGAUACAACCCCAGCAGCAACAGCAACAAAUGGCCAACAAACUGACUAGCUACACUCAUCCCACUGCUCUCCCCAGUAUAAAUGUCAAGACUGGAAACCAGCUGAAUAUGGCCCCAACCGCUGCCACCUCAGUUCCCGCCUCCUCCUCCCCCUCUCUCACGCUCCCUCUCUCCCAGCUCCUCCUCUCCCCCUCAGGCCUUUGUCAGGCCCGGGCGGUAACCACGGUGUGUGUGUUAAUCAAAACUUGUCUCUUCCUGUUGCAUCAGGCAAAGCCUGCAAUUGGCUCAUUGAAGAGGAAGUCGGAAACUGAUGCAACCAAUGAGAUGGCAGUCGAACUUUCCCAACUUUGCUGUCCACCAAUGAGAGAUUCUGCCCCUCCUCUAUCUCCUGCCCCCACGUUGGACUCAGCUCCUAAAGUGGUGCCAGCCUUCUCCUCUCCCCCCACCCUGUCUCUGCCUCUGCCCCUGUCUCGGGGGGUGGGGGGUCAGGGAGACAGAGCCCCUCUGCCCCAGGCGGUGGUCAAACCUCAGGUCCUCACCCACCUCAUAGAGGGUUUUGUCAUCCAGGAGGGAGCUGAGCCUUUCCCUGUGACUGGGCCAGUGAAGGAGCCUCUAGCCAUGGGUGUUCAACAGGCUGACAAUGGAGGCCCUGCAGUGUUGAAGUGUGAGUACUGUGAGAGCUUGGCUCCAGCUAGCCAGUUCAGGGGCUCCAAGAGGUUCUGCUCCAAGACCUGUGCUAAGAGAUAYAAUGUGAGCUGCAGUCACCACUUCCAGGUCAGUAGGGGGCGAGCUUCUGCACGGCCGCCUGGUCCUCCCGUUCCCCCAGACAGCAUCGUCAGACGCAGGGGUCCUCGCAGGAGUAGCUCGGAGAUCGCCUGCGCUAAAAUAGCCGGCAGACAUUUGCCUGUCAAGGAGUGUCGUUCUGAGUCCAGUCGCUCGGAGGAUGUGUCCAGCUGUGACGGAGAGGAGGAGGAGGAGGAAGAAGAUUCCCCAUCACUCUCCCCUAGCUCCUCCCUCUCCUGCCCUAGGCCCGCCCACUGCGAUCCCCAUUUGGACGACUCSGCUCAAGGCAGCCUCCCAUUGGACGAGGCCAACUUCCUGUCUGGGAGCCCCGCCCAUUGGGGUGUGGAGGAGGUCUGCAGGUUCAUCUCUUCACUACAAGGUUGUGAGGAGCUGGCUGCCCAGUUCCUGUCCCAGGAGAUUGAYGGACAGGCCCUGCUGCUACUCAGAGAAGAACACCUCAUCUCCACCAUGAACAUCAAACUAGGACCCGCCCUUAAGAUCUGUGCCUUCAUCAACAGCCUACGAGACUGACGGGGGAAGGAGGGAGGGAGGAGGAAGAGGGGUUCCAAUGAACUUCAAACUGGGACCCACACUAAAGACUUGUAUUAGUGACAUUCAAACCUGAGACCAAGACUGAAAGGGAGGGGAAAAUGGGGGUUGAUUUUUAUCAUAAACAUCAAUCAUUUUAGAGACUAGAUGAAGAGAAGGGGGUUAAAUAUAGGUAAGAGGGGAAAUAAUUAGAAUAUGCUUUGACUUUCCUGGACAUUGAA